AUGGCCGCCGUACGCAAGAGGAGCACCAACAUUGCGCGCCGCCGGCGGACCGAUGACGAGGACGAGAGCCAGUCGGUGGCUACGCUGGCUGACGACUCGCAGAGCGAUGCGUCGGUGCUGAGUGACGUCGACGAGGAUGCCGAUGCGGACAACAGCGACCUCAGCGAGGUGGACAGCGCCCCUUCGCUCACCCACGCCCACGCCCAUGGCAAGCCCACACGCACCCCCAACGGCGCCCAUGAUGCAAAGUCACAACCCGGUGCGGGCACGCGGCAGCCCUCGCCGCCCAUUGCCCGCUCCGAGCCCGCCUUCGCCGCACUCAAGGAGACGCAAAUCAUGAUGAAGGGCCUGGCCAUGACGGACGACGAGGCCCAGCAGGCUGAGCAGGUCGACUUUGAUACCGGCCAUGGCGCGCAUGACGAGCCGGCCCCCGCUGUCAGUGCGCCCCCAUCACGCACAGAGACACUGGCCGAGCGCAGGCGGCGGGAGCACGACGAGUACAAGAAGAAACGCGACUCGGACCCCGCCUUCAUUCCCAAUCGCGGCGCCUUCUUCAUGCACGACCACCGCCAUGCCCCGGGCCCGCAUGGCUUCAAGCAGAUGGGUGGACGCGGACGGGGGCGGGGUGCUCCCACCAUCGGGGGACCCUACUCGCCAGCAAACAUGCGGCCGCAGAACAAUGAAGCUACCGAUUCGCCGUGGCAGCACGACCUGCAUGAGACGGUCAACCUCCCAGCCUCCCAGCAUCCACCAGCUCCCGUCUCGAGCAGCCGUGGACAACAAGCUCCCAACACACACCCAGACUCGUCGAGAGGACCGCCAGCCCCCCCUUCCAAACCUCCCCAGACGCGCAACUUCUCCACCACAGUCCAUACCCACAAUGCCCUGGUACGCGUAUACCUGCCGGACAUGAAGGCCCCUAUCCUAUUCCAGAACGUGCCCAUCAAGCAACACACUCGUCUGCCAAACCACCGACCCCCUCUGCGUCGCGACAAACCUGUCCGCAUCUCACUUCCCCCUGCACCUCCGCGAUACAUCUUCCCCACCGUCGAACGAUCCUUCAUCUUCAUCCCACGGGCACUGCGACCCAAUCAGCAAGGCUUUGGCCGCGGUCGAGGCCGGUUUGGCUCAUUUGGGGCUGGUCAGGGAGGCCUUUCGAGUCGCCGGACGAGCAUGUACGGGGGCAGUGCCUAUUCGCCCAGCGUGGCCAUGAGCCGACGUUCGUCCAUGGCACGUGAGAUGGGACGCGAGAAUCUCGUGUCUCCAGCAGGUAGUAUCAUGUCACGGAACGGUGGUUAUGUUGAUUCGAGUCGGCCUGUGGUGCGGUUGCCGCCUGGCGGUCCUCGUAUGCCUACUGGGCCGUCCAUGGUCUCCCCUACCCAUGGUCUGCCAAACUAUCCUCUCCCCCAGAAGCCCACCUUCCGCGAGAAUUGGCAAGGACAGUUGCCCAUGCAUCAGCCACGUCCGCAAAAGACUGUGUCUGUUGCUGGCAUCGAAUCGCCAGCAUCCAUGAACUUCAACCCGCCACAGCAACAAGAACAGCAACCAUUUCACCAGCAAGUCCCCGCACACAUCAACGGCGCUGCCUCGUCGACAGACCAACAACCCUACUACCAGCAUGGACGCCAGCACUCGUACCCCAGCCAAGUUUCCACUGGCACGCCUCUGUCCAACAUCCCCGAGCGUGCCAUCCACGCCCCUGCCUUUCAACCUUAUGCUCAACCUGGCUUCCCACCUCAGGCGUUUGUCCCACAAGGCUACUACUACCCGCCUGCCGGUGCACAGCCACCGUACAUGGCUCCUGCAGGCAUGGUGCCCAUGUUUGUCCCCGGCGCACAACAACCGGGCUACGUGAUGCCCGUGACGGCGCCUCCUGUGGCAGCUCCCCCCGUUGCUCCGGCCGGCCCACCCAACAUGGUCGCGUACGAGUCGAAUGGCAUGACCUACUACGUCGAUUCCGCAUCUUUGUAUCCUCCUGCCCCGCCCCCGCCAGCCGAGGGCUAUCCCGCACCCAGCUUUGCGGUCCCAGGCAUGGGAGGCAUGAUGACCCCAGGCCCAGACGGGGCGUAUUACUAUCCACAAGGCAUUCAGGGCGCGUACUAUCAGCCACAGUAG